ACAUUAUUUUAUUUUAAGUGGAACUGGGAGCGAAAAAGUGAUAUAAGUUAAAAUGAUAUAAAUCAAAUUUUAUUUACAGACUUGUUUAAAUUGUGGUGAUUUCUCAAAUAAUUAAACCUGUACUAAAUACUGAUCCAUUCUAGUUUAUUUGAACUUCGCAAAUAGUUAAUGGUAAUGUUUAUUUAACAAAAAUAUGUCUAGUCUUGUGUCAUAACAAUAGAAAUGGAAUCAUUAUCAAAACAAGAGCUAAUAUCUACCAUAACAAAACAAGCUGAUCAGAUAAAACGAUACGAAUCACGUUUACGGGAUGUAGUCACAGCUUACAAGGGCUUGGUUAAAGAGAAAGAAGCAUUAGAGAUCAGCUUGAAGGCACUCAACAAGACUGAAAACACUAUAGAUGGAAGUGAAGAUGAUUCGGUCACAGCCCUCACUCUGUCUCUUUCUACCCUCACAGUGGAGAAAGCUCGCAUGGAAGAAGCUUUCCAGGCAGACAAAAAAGUUACAAGGGAUAAGUAUGAGAACAUGUUAGCGGCACUGAGAGAAGAGAAUAAAAUGCUAUCGCAGCAACAUUUGAUGGAGGUUAACAGUCUGAAAGCCAAGAUAGCCUAUGAGAUACAAGAGAGGGAGAAGGAGAGAGCUGAUCCUGUUGCUAUGAUGAAAGAGUUGCAUUUGAAAUUGAACAGCGAAAGGAAGACAAAAGAGAAAUUAGAAGACCGAGUAGUUAAUUCAACUGAAGCUCAAGCAUCACAAGCCGAGCUAGAGAAGCGAGUUAGAGAUCUGAGCAGUUCUUUGGAGGCAGCCCAAAGGAGACUGCAGCGUGCCGAAGCCCGGACUGUUGAGACUCCAGCACAAUUAGUCAGGCUUCAGCAAAAAUUGGCGCUGAUCGAGCAAUCACAUUCAGUCGCUAUCAGAGAAGAACAAAUAAAAGCGAAAAGGGCCGAAGAAUCUGCCAGGAAGAUCUGUGCCCGUCAAGAAGAAAGAGUCGCGCUGCUAGAAGGAAAACUAGCUGAACUCUCAGAGACUAUAGGACAGUACGAUUUGAGGAGACGCCGCGACCAACAGCUGAUACAGCAACUUAGAGAUUCUAUAAACGGGAGGCUGCUUGAGAAGAUCGCUCCGGCUACGAUUGAAGAAAGCACUCCGGUCCAACUUAGCGAAACGGACAACGAGAAGUUGGCGGACAGCGAAUAUCUACAAACGUUAAUCGACAAAAUACACAUUCUGAAGAAGGAAUUGAUAUCGGAGAACGACAAGCAGGGCUCGCCCAUAGACCUCGCCGCCUUAUUCCAAAUCGAAGGGUUCGGUGACGUUCAUCUCAAGUGCAGGGAGGAUUACGAGAAGCUGCGUCAGGAGUUAGAGGAGCAGCGAGCACGUAGCUCCAGGGAGGGCGUCGAACUGCGACCCUCCUCGCCAGCUCUGCGCCACGACCUCGCGCUGCUCGCCGACCAGCUGCACACCUGCAAGCUGAUGCUGGACGAGGAGAAGCAAGACAAAAUCGACGCCCUGAGGAUCUGCGAGGAGAAAUUGAAAAACGAAGAGGAAUACCACAGGGAGGUAACGACGGACCUCAAGAACAGGAUCCACGUCCUCGAGAAGCAGGUCGCGACGCAGAGGGAGAGGUACGCCGCGCUGCUGGACGAGACGGACAGCUACAUCCGCGGCAGGAACGAGCGGAAGGUCAGCAAUGAGGAACACAACGUGUUUGCUGACGUGUCGGCGCCUCCCCACAUGCUGCAUUACGCCCACGAGCUCGCCCGGAAGGACCAGGACAUAUCGCAGCUCAGGAAGGACAAGCAUCUGCUCGAGGGGCAGUACAGAGACUGCCAACGAGACGCGACCAUAGAGAAAGAGCGCUUCAAAGAAGUCGUCAGAGCGCUGAAAGAGGAGAUUGACAGAUUAAGAAGAACGCAAUCCCGUGAAGGUGCAAAUUUAGAAUAUUUGAAGAACGUUGUGCUCGCUUACUUGAUGUCCACGGACUACGCCGGCAAGAGGCACAUGCUAAACGCUAUAGCCGCCGUGCUGCAUUUCACUAACGCCGAACGUCACUCCGUGUUGUCUACUUUGUAGAUUCGACUAACCACUUACGAUCGGACGGGCCGUCACACUGAGUUCUUUAGAAGCGUCACUUUUUGAAGUGAAACUUC